AACCUUGUAAGGCGUGUCUUAUUAUCCAAGAGAGAGGUCCAACACGUAACUCUUCAGGUUCUCUGAGCUCCAUGCCAUAUGAUUUUGAGGUUUCUGUGGUGAUUUGUGAGAAUCCCUUCGAAAGGAGAUAAAAUGAGAGAACCAAUGUGAUUUAAUAAUGAUAGUGCUAGCAGUGAGAAAAUAAAAAUAGGCUACUAUGUUCAGUUUUUUUUCCCCAAUUUCUUCUAUUCAGUACUCUGUUCUAUUUUUCUCAGUUUUUAGUUUCAUGUUGUGUAAGAGUGAUUGACACUGCAAUCAACACAUACUGAAUUCAUACUAAUUGCAUCUCAUUCUCAUCAUGCUGAAUAUGUAUUGACACAUCAAGGGAGGGAACUUGUUUUAUGCACCAAAUAUUAAAAUUAUGAUGUUCAGGAUUUUUUUUUUAAGUUAUGAUUUCCCAAAUAUGCGGGCCAGUCCACAUGUUUGCAUUUGGUGUGUCGUUGGUGUUUUGAUUUGGGAAGUUGGGGCAAUUGGUUUGUAUUUUUCACCGUCCCUAACUAACCACAGUUUCUCCGAAAGCUGUUCUGUGCUGCCAGCGGAGUGAACGAGAAAACGUUAGAAAGCAGUUCGGAAAUUGGAAGUGGAAGAUGGCGACAGCACCGGGAAACCAAAUGCUGGAGGGAGGAGGAGCGCCGCCGCCUCCGGGGACUGAUAUGACAGGAAUAUGUUUCCGAGACCAGCUCUGGCUCAACAGCUUCCCUCUCGAUCGCAACCUUGUCUUCGAUUACUUUGCCCUUUCCCCUUUCUAUGAUUGGACUUGCAACAACGAGCAACUCCGUAUGCGCUCCGUUCACCCCCUCGACCUCUCUCAACUCUCGAAAAUGACGGGGACGGAGUAUAUGCUCAGCGAAGUUAUGGAGCCGCACCUGUUUGUUAUUCGCAAGCAGAAGAGAGAUAGCCCCGACAAAGUUACGCCUAUGCUCGCCUACUACGUCCUCGAUGGUUCCAUAUACCAGGCUCCGCAACUCUGCAAUGUUUUUGCUGCCAGAAUUGGAAGGGCCCUUUAUUACAUACAAAAGGCAUUUACUACAGCUGCCUCCAAGUUGGAGAAGAUUGGAUAUGCUGGGUCAGUGGAUUCUGAAAAUGAGACUGCAUUGGUGGAGUCAAAGACUGCUAAGGAGACGAUUGACAUAAAGGAAGUUAAGCGUGUGGAUCAUAUUCUUGCAUCCUUGCAACGCAAGUUACCACCAGCUCCACCUCCACCACCAUUUCCAGAAGGGUAUGUACCUCCUCCUACAGGUGAAGCUGAGAAAGGCACCGAAACUCAGGAAGCAGCAGAAACACAAGCUCCUACUGCUGAUCCCAUAAUUGAUCAAGGACCAGCAAAAAGAAUGAAAUUUUAAUAUUAAAGACAUACUGCAAUGGCUGCUGAUAGUUAUACAGGUGCAGGGAAAUUAUAGACCAGCUCCUAUUGCAUAGAUUGAAUUUGUCUUAGAUUCUCGAUUAUGUAGAAGCUUAGUGAGCUGUGGAAUUCCACAAUACAACCAAUAUUUUCGUACUUUUGUAAAGUUUUCGUUUUUAACUUUUUUAAAA